AGAACAUAAGCACCUUAUCUUGAAGUUGGCUGAUAUGGGUGUCACAUCUGUUUAUUUAGAACUCCCAUGAUACUGGGGUUUUCAUUUAGCUGCAGGUCUGAUGAAGAAACAUAAUCAGAAGGAAAUAACAGUUAGAUUUCUGAACCAGAAAAUGCCAGAAGGGUCGGAGGACUGUAGGCACUGGCAGGCCCAUUGACAUCCAUCCCCUGUAACUGUUCCAGUAAUCCAUCCAAUCCUGACAAUGGCACAGGGCAGCCAACAGAUUGAUAUUCAGGUGCUGCAUGACCUCCGGCAGCGCUUCCCUGAGAUCCCAGAAGGAGUGGUGUCUCAGUGCAUGCUGCAGAAUAACAAUAAUCUGGAAGCCUGUUGUUUGGCCCUUGCCCAAGAGAGCAACAAAUACCUGUAUGGGGAGUUCCACAGCCCAGAUGAUGCCAGAAUGAGCAGGAACCACAUGCUGCAGAUUAACCUGGGUAUCCAGCCUCCAGCAACAUACCAGACAGGGGAUGGUGGCCAACUCAAUGGUGGUCGAACGCUGGUCCAUAGCACGAGUGAUGGCCACAUUGAGCCUCAACGAGGAGGUGGUCAACAACUUGUGCGACUGAUACAGGAGCCACAUUCUGCCCCGGCAAUUGUAGCUAAUCCACCUGGCUACAACCCUUUCUUUGUAAGUGACCAGGGCCGAAAUACAGGUACUCCUCCCCCACCAUCUCAACAGCCAACCUCCCUUCAGCCAGGCUUGAACACAUCACCUAUGCAAGGUCUUUCUCCGACAUAUCAGCCCAUAUCUCGAUACACUAUAAACCCUAUUACUGUAACCUUGUCACAGAACAUACCAUCUGGUCAGACUGCUCCAACUGCAUUGCAUAUACACGGCGGUCCUUCGCAGAUGCAGAGCACUCCCUAUGGGAUUGGUAAUUCUAUUUACAUUAGGCCAACAUCUGGACGACAGACUCCUCAGAACACAGCUUGGACUUCCAGUCAGUGUCCUCUCCCACAGUAUAAUCACCAUCCCCCACCUGUUUAUCAGCCACAACAGACUUAUCAGCCUUCUCAGUAUUCUCCGAAACAGCCGCAGCUUCCUCAGCAAGCGUUUCGGUCGCCGCCUCCGUCGCAGUUCAGCUCGCCUUACAGCUCUCCGCAACAUCAGGUACAAGCCAACCAGCCAGGUCACCAGACUUCCCACGUCUUCAUGCCGAUAAGUUCUCCCACAAUGACGCAUCUCCCUUACCAACCUCCACAGAAUUAUCCACAACAAGGCAGCCAGUCGUUGUCCUACGUACCUUACUCCGUGUCUGGAUUGUCCAAAGCUCCUAUGAAAAAUCAGAUAGAAAUCAAAUUGGAAACUCCGCAGAGAUCUGGUGCCAACGUCACUCGAAGUUCCUCCCCUGUCAGCAGUCAGCCUGCUUUACGGAGUCAUCCUACGUUGUAUAUUGCCACCAAUUCACCGUCAAAUUCGCCGUCGAGAGGAAUGUCGGGACAAAUGAGUGUCGUUCAACCGCAGCCAGUGUACAGUGUACCACCCACGUAUAUUCACCAUCAACCAUCGCGACCUCGGUCUACAACUGCUGGCAGUAACCAAGUGAACGCUCCUCGUGUGGUUGUAACUCAGCCUAAUACUAAAUACACCUUCAAAAUAACAGUUUCUCCAAACAGACCACCUUCAAUUUCCCGAGGUGUGGCAUCACCUACUUUUGACCCUGGGAGCAUCUUGAAUCUAGUGGAUUGUCAAGGAGAGCAUCCUGGCGCCCCAGAACCUAUACAGCCAAUAUCGGCAUUAACAGGGUCUACUGUUGAUAAACGAAACGAGGACCAACGGCGAAAGUCAAGUUCAGGGUCAGAUGACUAUGCUUACACUCAAGCGCUAUUGCUCCAUCAAAGAGCUCGAAUGGAGCGAUUACUGAAAGAGCUAAACCUGGAAAAACAAAAGCUAGAGAAGCUGAAAGCUGAAGUCAAUGAAAUGGAAUAUGAUUUAAUGCAACGACGGCUGAGGAGAGUGAACUCCAACACGUCAAUACCUACACCAGAAGAGAUGACUAGAUUACGAAGUCUAAACCGACAACUGCAAAUUGACAUUGACUGUACUUUGAAAGAAAUUGACCUUUUGCAAUCCAGAGGGAACUUUGAUCCAAAAGCCAUGAAUAAUUUUUAUGACAAUAUAGGACUAACUGGCCCUGUAGGAGCUGUUCCCCCAAAGCAUAGUAAAAAAGACCCUUCAGGUACUCUAGAGAGAAAAGCAAGGAAAAUUAGUGUGACUUCAAAGUUAAAGAAGGACUCCUCUGAUUCCCAGGCUGCUCCAGCUGAGGAAGCCGGUCCCGUCGCGGCAUACAGCCGAAGACCUCAUCAACGAGAUGAGGAUUUUGAAGGUGCCCCCUGGAAUUGCAACAGCUGCACCUUCCUGAAUCACCCAGCACUGAAUCGCUGCGAACAGUGUGAAAUGCCACGAUACACCUGAACUGAAGUGGGCUAGCACUUGCCAGCGUGCAGGAUCCUGAAACUUUGGGGUCUUGAAAGGAGACUGCAAAUCAUCUGCCGGGCCAGAAGUGAAGAUGAAACGUUGAAAUCUCUUGCAACAGUCAGCUAAAUUCACAACACUAUUGUGGCUGUCUCCAUCACAGCGUAAAUCUUAAACUUUAAGCAACAUCUAGUCACCGUUAUGUUUCUUUACACGAUGAAUUGAAGUAAACAUCCAAAUGCCACGAAGACGGUCCUUAGCGAAGCUGAGCAUUGUUACCCCUUCGAGGCCUGUUAUUACAAGUCGGGACGCUGUCUUACCCUUCCUGCGUAGGGUAGCUGUCCACGAGAUGAGUUGUGUAAUUAAAAGUCUGUCUGGGUUUAAAAAAAAAGGCACCGGUUGCGAAGGAUUCUUGUUGCUUUCGUUCGGGGGUGGAUUGUCCCUUGCGCUGCGUCUGUUAACUGUCGGCAUCUUGACUCAGUCUCGCAGGCGAAAGGGACUGCCGUGACACUACAGUAGGGUUUAAAAGACUUGAGUUACUUGUGAUUGCUGCUUUCUUCAGGGUAAUUGCAAUCUUUACACAAAUCAAUUGUACAUUAAAUUUGAGACUGUCAGAAUGGACAGGUAUGAGGUAUUGCCUUAGGUAUGUUUUAAAUAUACAGUCAUAAUCAAUGAUCCCUUUUGCUUGUACUGUGUCCUUUGAGCUACAUCACUGACACUGGUGAAAAAUGAGUAUUUGCAGAUGAGAACAGUGCUGCAUGCUCGUAUUAGGGAAAUAAGUUUAGGCUGUGGGCUCUGUCCUUGAUUUUAAAAGUCACGUGUGCUUUCUUAACUCUGUUUUUCGACAAAGCUUCCCUUAGACUUUGCUCUGUAAUUGUACAGCAAACUUACGCCAAAGGCAAGUAUUCCACAACCUGCUCCAGACUCGAAGCCACCUGUACUCGCCGAGAUUUGUUCUGCUACCUAAGCAUCCCCGAGCUUCCACUCUGUAAAGAAAUCAUGUUGUUUACAGCACAGAAGAUAACAUUUCCGUCCCCCUUCUUCCCACAUAUAGGUGCAUUUAGUAAUCGGUAGCUCUUUAAGAGUGAGUUUGCACAUCACUAAGAAACCAGCCUGUACUAAAACUUGCUAAACGCAGCCUGAAAAAUAAAUGGUCGCACACUGCAAAUAUAAAAACAAACUGUUGGAACUUUUUCAUUCGUCAAAGAAUGAAAUUCGCUGGACCCGCAAAUCGAAGUUCAUUAUGAACUUGCCGGUACUUUCAUGCCUAUAAAUGUUAUACUGUAUUAUUAAAGGUGAUGUUUAGUUCAGUUGCUUCAGGUUGCUUUAAUUAUAAUAAAGUACUUGUUCUUUGUGAAAUCACACAUUUGUUGGGUCUGAACAACUGAAUGAGAAUUAAGUUUGAGCGAAUAGGACGUUCGUAUUCCUAUAUAAAGAAGCACCUAUCUUUGUACGGUUCCCUUCUCUACAGUUUAAAGAUUGUACUGUACGAUCUCAUCAAAAGUUUGAGCUGGAGACAAUUGUGCAAAGGCGAUAGGGGCACUGCAUGUACGGUACAUAUAUGGACAUUCUGGUGGCUGCAAUAUUUUACAAAUAAAGUCACAAAGUGA